UCAGAGAGACGACGAAGCGUCUCCUCGAUUAUCAGCCUUCGUCUUUCACAGCUUCUCUCUCUGGAAAACCCUAAGCUCUGUGAGAUCGAUCGAGCCAUAGCACGCGACAAUGGCGAACAGUAAUCUUCCCCGAAGAAUCAUUAAGGAAACUCAACGUCUGCUCAGUGAACCUGCUCCCGGGAUAAGUGCUUCUCCAUCUGAGGACAAUAUGCGGUACUUCAAUGUUAUGAUUCUCGGCCCUACUCAAUCUCCUUAUGAAGGAGGAGUUUUCAAGUUGGAGCUCUUUUUGCCUGAAGAAUAUCCCAUGGCAGCUCCCAAGGUUCGGUUUCUCACCAAGAUAUACCAUCCUAACAUUGACAAGCUUGGAAGGAUUUGCCUUGAUAUUCUGAAGGACAAGUGGAGUCCUGCACUACAAAUAAGAACAGUGCUCUUGAGUAUUCAAGCUCUUCUAAGUGCACCGAACCCAGAUGAUCCGCUGUCUGAGAACAUCGCUAAGCACUGGAAGACAAACGAGGCAGAGGCCGUGGAAACAGCUAAGGAAUGGACCCGCCUUUACGCCAGCGGAGCAUGAUCAUGGGGCCGAAAGAAGAAUCAUUGGAUCGUCCCCCCCAAUAACAUUCCAUUACAAGAAAAGAACAAAAGGUUUGGAACGGAAUCCGAGUUAUAAGAAAAGGCUUAUUUCUGGGUUUCUGGUGGUAAAAAAACUCCGUUUUGUCUCCCUUCUAUGUGCGUCAUUUUUUUUUAAAAAAAAGAUGUAAGCUCUCACUGAAUAUGUGUAUUACUAUACCAAGGGUUUUCAAGACUGGCUUUGCUCCUAAUCUUUGAAGUGGUACCUUUGUCUAUUUGUUGUGUGCGUCCGCCAGAGGUCGCCAUGAAUACUGAAUUUUUCGAAGCGGUCAUAUUA